AUGAGUGUGGAAGUUCUAGAUGGCAACACCAUCGUCAACUUUGUUGGCGACGAGGAAGCCUUCACUGUCUCGGUUCACGAGCUAUUCGUGAACCUAAACAGUGAUCACGAUGGCCAGCUCUCGUACUCGGAGAUGCUGAAGGAGCUGCAGAAUUUGAGGGUCUUCGAGACUCAUUUUGGCAUCGACCAGAGUAUGAGCCCCAGCGAGUUGGCUAGCGAGUACGAGUCUUUGUUCACAAAGUUCGAUCAUGACUCGAACGAUCGGGAAUGUGGAUCUCGAGGAGUUCAAGGCUGA